ACAGCGCAGCAUCUCGUCUCUUCUUCUCACUCUCACCCGUCGUCUUCUUCCUCAACUUCUUCACAAGUUCACACUCUGCGCCCAUGCUCGAUCUCGGCGAUCCACACCGCCAUUUUUAUAUUUAGUGCCCACACCUGCUGCUUCCACAGUAACCGCUGUUAGUACCACUACAUACAUACCACCACCAUGGCCGCAUGCACCUUGUAGCUCCUCUCACCUUCCCCUUAAUUUGCUGGUAGAGAUGAGAUACACUAUCUCUUCCUGCCUGCCAGUGCCAGCCUAGCGCAAGCCAGAACACUAGCAAUAUCUCACUCCCAAAGUCCCAAUUAAUCCUCGCAAAAUCUUCUUCUCCGAUCUCUCCCUUUCCCCUUUUGCCUCGCCACUCGCCAGCUCCCUCUCCCUCUCUUCCAGUUGUGCUGUGUGCUGCGUGUGAGCUGUGCCUGUGCGCGCUUCUUCUUGCACGCGCGCCAUGGCACGGCAGCCUCGUCUGCUCAUCUCAACCUCAAUUCCACUCUAGUAGCUGCUGCCUAACAGCAGUGAAUCUCUACGCCUUUCUUUUACGGCCAAUUCAUCAGUUAAUCCCAGCAUGCAGCAGGAGCCGACGCCUGAGAUGCCGCCAUUCUCGCCGGCCGUGUGGCGGGGGCCCGCCGGGGCGCCGUCGCCCAUCAGCAGCCGUCCGCCGGCGCCGGGACAACAGCAGCAGAUGGUGGCGGCGGCCGACGAGCUCGGCGGCGGCGGCGGCGCGGCCGCGAGCGCGUCCGGGUCCGGCAGCCUGGACGGCGAGGAGGGCGGGUCGUCGGCGGCGGGGGGCAACCGGUGGCCGCGGGAGGAGACGCUGGCGCUGCUCAAGAUCCGGUCCGACAUGGACGCCGCCUUCCGCGAAGCCGCGCUCAAGGGGCCCCUCUGGGAACAAGUCUCCAGGAGGAUCGGGGAGAUGGGGUACAAGAGGAGCGGCAAGAAGUGCCGCGAGAAGUUCGAGAACGUGGACAAGUACUACCGCCGCACCAAGGACGGCCGCGCCGGCCGCGCACAUGGCAAGACUUACCGCUUCUUCUCCGAGCUUGAAGCUCUCCACUCCAUCUCCAUCUCCUCCUCCGCCGCUCACCCGCCGCCCCUCCCCGCCCUCGCGCCACCGCCUUCGAAGCUCCCUGCACCCUCGCCGCCGCUCCCCACGGCUACAUGCGCCAUGGCAGCGCCGGGCGCGAGCUUGUCUUCGCUGGGAGGAUCCGAUGGGUCGGAAACUGAUGACGACGAAAUUGCGGCGGAGGGCUCCAAGAAGCGGAAGCGGCAUAGCAGCAACUGGAGCGGCAUUACUACUACUAGCAGCGGGGGCGGCGGCGGCAAGAAGAAGCAGGCGACGAUGAGGCUUUUCGAGGGCAUGAUGCGGCAGGUGAUGGAGCGGCAGGAGGCGAUGCAGCAGCGGCUCCUGGACGCAAUAGAGCGGCGCGACCAGGAGCGGCUCGCCCGCGAGGAGUCCUGGCGCCGGGGGGAGACCGCGCGCCUCGCCCGCGAGCAGGACGCGCUCGCCCGCGACCGCGCCGCCGCAGCCGCCCGCGACGCCGCCGUCGUCUCCUUCAUCCACCGCGUCACCGGCCAGAUGGCCGUCCUCCCGCCACCGCCGCCGGAGACGAAGACGGCGACCAAGGCCGCCAUGCUCAAACGGCCGCCGCCAGCGCCGCCGUUGCAGCCGACCACGCCGCGGAAUCAGCCCCAGCAGCCGCACGUCGUCAUGCCGAUGUCGGCGCCGGCAUCGGCGUCGGCACCGGCACGGGCAGAGACGUCGCCGGCGCAGAGCAACGAGGUGGUGGCUGUCGGCGGCGUGGACACGGCGGCUGCGGCGUCGAGGUGGCCGAAGGCGGAGGUGCACGCGCUGAUCGAGCUUCGGACGGAGAUGGAGGCGCGGUACGGCAAUGGCGGCGGCGGCGGCCAUGAGACGCCCAACAAGGGCCCGCUGUGGGAGGACAUCGCGGCGGGGAUGCGGCGGCUCGGGUACGCCCGGAGCUCGAAGCGGUGCAAGGAGAAGUGGGAGAACAUCAACAAGUACUUCAAGAAGGUCAAGGAGAGCAGCCGGAGCAAGCAGCGGCCCGUGGACUCCAAGACCUGCCCCUACUUCCACCAGCUCGACAAGCUCUACCGCACCAAGGCACAGAAUGCUGCCGCCGCGUCUCAGAGCCCGACCGCGGUCACCGUGCUCGCCGCCGUGCCGCUCUCGUCCCAGACGCCGGCGCCGCAUAUCGUCGAGCACGGACCAGGCAAGAAUCUCAGCAAUGGUAAUGGCAACAGCAACGGCAUGCAAGCGAAGGCGAGCAAUGGCAAUGGCACAGCGGCGGCGAACAAGCUGGAGUCGAAGCAAGACGGCAUGAUCACGAAGGAGACGACGACGGAGCAGCAUCCCCAGCCGGCGGGCAGCCCCAUGGCGCCCAUGAACCACAACCUCAACAACUACGGCAACGGCAGAACGGAGGUCAUGCACGACGACAUGGACGACAUCGACAGCAUGGACGACGACGACGACUUCGACAGCGACGACGAAGACGACGCCAUUGGCGGCGGCCGCAACGAGCAGGUGCAGUCGUACGACAUUCGUUUCCAAAGCCAGCAGCAGCAGCAGCAGCAUCAGAACACUAAUGGCGGCGGCAACCCUCCGGCGGCGCCUGCAUCAGCGGCGGCGGCAAGUGGGGCGGCGCCGGCGCCGUUCUUGGCCAUGGUCCAGUGAGUGACGUCUGGCCGCUAGCUACAAAUCAAGCAAGGAACAAACGGUCAUGCAUGUAUGGUGCCCCAGGUGCUGCUGCCGAUCUCGAUCGAUAUCACAUACUAGUACAUCUGGAUCUACAAAAAGCCUUCCCACUUGUCGUUGCUAGAAUGCUAGGCAAAAAAGUAAAAACCUGUAGAUCGACCUGAAAAACACACCUAAAUUAAACCCACAGAGAAAGCUGCUCCAAACUUUAGCUUGUUUACUUAUUCCAAGUUCCCAUUCCUCCUCAUGCACAUAUAUACCGGGCCAUCGGGGUAUACAUAUAUCGUGUACAUGUGUCACAUUUCACCAUAGGUAAAAUUAUGCAUGCAUGGUAAAUUAAGGACGUUCAUGCGGGAAUUAGUUUCUUUUUCUUUUUCUUUUUUUCUUGAGGAUACUACUUUUUUUUUGUUAAAGGACAUUACUGUUCAGCAUAUGUGUUGUGUAACUUUUCUUUUUUGUCUCUCUCUCUCCCCAAAUUGUUUGUCAGUGACUGUCCAGAACUGUACACUUGGUAAAUGUGAAAAAUACCUUACCGCA